UGCAAUUCCAGCUCUUGGAGUUGCCCUCUGCUGUGCUUGUCCCAUGCCAAAAAAAGCCAAGUUCUUUGUUUGCAGAUUGGCUUUUGGUGAUGCCAAGGAAUUCUUCCCGUUUAUUAAAUGCCUAAAACUUGACAGCAAAUUGUGGCCCGUGUCUGGCACUGGAGUAGGAAGCAGGAGCAGCUGAUGGGAUGAGCCUGCACAGGAAAUUGUCCCUGGAUAUUGUAGUGCCAGGUGACAGGCUGUGCUUCCCCAAUACUGCCCUUAUUCCUCAGCCCUGGCCUGACUGGAAUAUUGCUGAGACCAGGACAGAUCUGGGAUUGAAGUCUGCACCCACAGUGAGAGGGGAUUUUCAGCUGAGUACUGUUGUUUGUUUUAGGUAGUUUUAUGUGUUCCCAGUGUGUUAUAGACUGAGACCACUCUUAGAAUUGUGGUGUAAAUGUUAAUAGAGAGCAAGGCAAAUAUUAGACUCUUGUGCAGUUUAAAUCAGUGUAGAUAAAAUAUUGUAAUCAGUUUUUUGACUUCUAAAAGUUCAGCUAAAAUCACUUUAAGCUUUAAACAGAGGUUAGCUGAGCUUUGUGUGGUUUAUUUCAGAGUAUAAAGUUAGAAGCAGGCAGACAGUGUUUUGUUUGUAUUUCUGUGUAAGUUCUCUCCAAACAGUUUCUCUCCAAGGUGUUUAUGCUGGUCAGUGUUCAGAGACAGCUCUGACCUGUGCUGGCUGCUCUGCUGUGCUGAGUGAAUCGUGGCUUUGAGAACUUCAUUUCUAGUGAGUUGGCUACUACAGGAAAGUCUAAAAAAAAACCCCACAGCCCAGAGGCUAAUGAUUUUUUUUUUUUGUGAUAGCCAUCAUGUUGUGUAUUUUGAAGGCUCUAAAUUAGAAGUGAGAGUUCAGAUUGAACUAAAAAACUGUAAUUAGUUCUACAAGUCUUCAAGGAUAACUAGGACUUCAAGAUUUGAUUAAAAGGUGGGAAUAUAAGGACAAAUCAUAAAAGUUUGGAAAGUCCAGGGUAGGAAAAACAUUGUGCUUGGCAGUUUAGGUAAGAGAGAAACAAGAAAGUGAGGAACUGGGUGUACUUAAUGGCACUAAAAUUGAGAAAAAUGGCUGCUCUACCAUUUUUUAGAGGAUGUGAUGAGGAUUUUAAUGGAUCAUUCCACAUUGUGGUGCCAGCUUUGUGAAAACAUGUUUGUCUUUUUAGAGCAGGUAUUUGAACGGUGUGCUAUAGCUGGGUCUUUCUGAGAUGUGUGCUUCACACUGGACUGGCAGGAAACCAAAAAAUAAUUUAUUUUCAGGUCUGUUAUUGGAUUCCAGUGCAAUUCCACCACAUAAUUUGACUGAUUGAUCAAAAGGCAGUAAAGCUUUGUUUCCAUUACAGUGGUAGUGAAAAGGCAGAGCUGCACCAAUGUUGUGCCUGUGUCACGUGGAGCCACCAGCUCUGUUUGUUCACUUUUUGGACUUUGCUGCCCAGCACAGACACUGGCACUGUGAAACUUUAUUUCAGGAGUUGUGAACACUGCUGCUAGCAUUGGCUGACUGAGGUCAGGUUUGAGUUUUGCUCCCCAAAACUCCUUCCUGCUCGCUGCACUUCCUUCCUGGGGAGGAGCCAAAAAUGAGCUGGGUUUUAUUGUCUGCAGAGACCACGCUGUGUGGUUUUCCUGUGCUGGUGGAGGGCAGGGGAGAGCACACUGAGGUGGCUCUGUGGGCCCAGCAGUGUUCAGGGAUGGCAUUUCCCAGUUCCCAGGGCUUUCCUGAGUGCCAGCUUCUCCUGGGAGGCUCUGGGGUCUCGUUCUGCUGUCGCUGUGUGGUUGUGGAUUAACAACUUGGUGUGUUGUGCAAUCCCUCUUGCCUCAGACCCGAGUGGGGAGGGAUCUUUGCACUUUGGCACUACAGCUCUUCACUCCCCUCCAUGCCAGGAACCACCUGGGCUUUUAUUGGAGUCUCUCUCUGGGAUCUGGACCAGUUGGGUUCCUGGGAAGUAAUUAAACUAAUGAGAGUGAUGGGCAGGAGCAGGGGAACCCAGGUGGCUCCUGUGAAAGUGAGAGUCCCCAGAAAUUCUGCAUGUGCCUCCCUGAUAAUUCUCCUUGUGCAGUGGUGCUCAGCCCCGGGCUGCUGGAAUUGGAGUUUUGCUGAUGAAGCACCUUGUUGGAUUUUCAAUGUUCUGACACUGAGCUUUCUGAAGAGAUUUUACCGUCAUCUAAUUAGUGAGUUAAUUUAAAUAACAAAGCACUUUUGCAAGGCCAAGGGGAAGAGUCUUCAGUGCAAUAAAAAAGCCUCAGACCUUAAAUUCAAUCUUUCCCUUGGAAUCUGAGCAGAGCAUGGGGCUCCUUGGCCCCGAAGGAUCAGAAGUGGGGCAGAAUUCCUGUCCUUGCUGACUCUUUCUGCAGAGUGCAGUCAUUGCAAAGUGGUUAAAAGUUACAUCAAGGGCUCUGAGUGUGCACCUGGAGUUCCUGUUUUAAAAAAUGUCAAUUGUAUCCUUCUCCAUUAUACACACGUGUGUUUCCUGGUGACAUGCCUGCAUGCUGGGAGCUUUCACAGCACUAAAGAGGGCGAGGUCAGCACUCCAGGGAGCUUCUGAAUGCAGAGCAGAGACAUUCAGGGGACAAGGAGAUGAUUUUCCCCUGUCCACCCUUAGAGGCACAGGCUGUAAAGGCUGUCACAGCAGGUGACAGUGCAGGUGACAGCUGGGUCCCUGUCCAUCCCCUGUGCACCUGGAUGGGAACACAGCUCCCAGGAGAGGCUCAGCUUGUGUUCAGUUCCUCUAAACCAGCCUUGAGGCAGCUCCCUUCAGGUACAGUGAAAGAGUCUGGUGAGAAACAUAAGGGAUCUGUUGAAAUUCCUAACCUGUCAGAAGAAAAUGAGGUAGAUGAUACAGAGAUAAAUGUUAGCAAGAAGAAAGGGGAAGGUGAUGUUCUGAAGGACCUGAUGAGAACUGAAGGAACCACCAAAGUCAGAGAGGCGCUGAGGGAUUACCUGAAAGCACUUAAAACAGAGUUCACCUUGGGAAUGAUCCUGCCAACCAAAGCUGCUGUUGGGCAGGAGCUGGCCAUGGAGCGAAAACCAAGUGGGAGCACUGUGCAGGACUCUGUUACACCACAGUCUCUGGAUAUGGUUGGAGUAAAAAUUCCAACAGUGAGGAUACAUAUGAGGGAAGUGUUCAACUCUCCAGCUGAUGAACUUUACAGCAUCUUCACAAAGAAGGAAUUGGUACAGAAGUUCUCCAAGUGCCCAGCUGUGAUUGAAGCAGAGAAGGGAGGCAAACUCCAGAUGUUUGAGGGCUGUGUCAGCGGUGAAUAUACAGAACUGGUCCCAAGCCAAAGAAUUGUCCUCAAGUGGCGGUGUAGGAGCUGGCCUGAUGAACAUUAUGCAACUGUGGCCUUGAACUUCCAGGAGCUGGCUGCUCAGUCAGAACUGGAGCUGGAAUGCAAAGGGGUUCCUGUCUCCCACGAAGAGAGUACAAGACAAUGCUGGAAGAAGCAAUAUUUUGAAGAAAUCCAUAUUUUACUGCAGCAAUCAAAAGACAACAUGGAAUGAUGACAGCACUGUAGUUUUGUUAGGGCAUUACUUUUUAUACUUUGUUAACAUUUGGUUUUCUAAAGAAAAAAUAUAUAAUUUAUUUGUGGGAAGAAUAAAGACCCACUUCUAUGAGACUGUACAUAGUUUAAGCACUAUUUAUGGGUUUUUAGGGAAUGAGAGGCAAGUCAGACUGUGUGUAUCCACAGCUUUACCUGGGGACAGUGAUCUCUGGUCUGCUUGCCUGGGACUUCAGAGUGAUGAUGAUUCAGUUGCAGUGAGCCCUGCCCUCAGAGGUAGGUGAGCUACACCAUCAAUAGGAAGAUUUCCAGUUCCUUAAUAUUCAGUGGAUCAAGUGGCAAAAUUAAACCCCUGUAGGAGAUGGAGUUCCCAGCAGAGGUGAGCUGAAAGGGAUUACAAAACUGCUGAUCCAUUUACAGCCUUUGUGGAAUACUUGUAGAUGCUUUUAACUGCAGACUGUUUGCAGCUGCAGUGUUAGGAAAGAUAAUUAGCAAUGUCAUGUAAUUAUUAGGUCUGCAUGCACUGUACUCCCUUACUUGACCUCGGUGUGCCAUUUAUUUAGGAAGAAACAAACAGUAGUAGUGCUUUCUUUCUGCAGUUCUGUAAAACCUUCCAUGAAAUGAUUCACAGCCCUCUGCAAUGCUGUACCUCAAAGAGUACAACUGUAAAGAGAAUUUGGACAGGAACAAAUUGUAAUUCCUAAUUAAACCACCUCGAGGUGAGCAAGGAUGACUUAGUUCUCAAAUGCUUUUUAAAUAAAGUGUACAAAUGAAAUAUGCAAUCUGAAACAAUUUGACCACAAUAGGGCAGGCUGCUUUUGGAAAACGUGCUUGGCUCAAUAAAAAUAUGACUUUA